AUGGCCCUAUAUUUUCGCGUGUAUGAAACAAUCCUUUUCAAGAUGUAUGGAGUAUCACACGUUGCAUCAACACCAGGAGCAAGUUCAACAGCGUUUAAUGGAGAACACAGACACAGCCUCUCACAACAUAUUUUUCCAAGUUAUGCUUGUGCCUUUUUGGACGCUGACCCUGCCUAUGAGCGUUGUUCCACAAAUCCUCCGACAGGCUCCCCUUCCACACGUCGCCGCAGCCCUCGCCUGCUUUCGAACGGCUAUUAUGUUUUGACAGAAGACAGUUUUGUGUCUGAUGAAGAGGGCAACAUAACGCUGACACCAUCCCAGACAAGUGUUACAUACAAAGAGAAUUUAGUUCGCGUAUUCAGGCGAAGGAAGAAAAUCCACCGCUCUCUUGCCACCUUGUUCAGUCUUGAUGCCUCCAGUUCAUGGCUCAGCAGCACCAUCCUCAGCAAUAUCGAUUCCUCCCAUGGAGAUGAUCCUUGGCCUGAUGGAUGCAAUAAACUAGAAGCCAGUCAGAGUGAUAUCGGUGAUUCAGACUUUUCUUCUGCCUACGAUAGCCAUGCGGCACAAAGGCAAACUGCAAAAUCUAAUGGGGCCUCUCUCACCAAAGAUGACGAGUUUCUUCAUCCUGACAAGCCACAUUGUGCUCCAAAAUUCUGCUCUCCCUUUAUGAUAAAUGCUGAUGAAGAGGCUUUGAGCAAUGAAGAAUCCAGGAUAGUGCGAAAUGUCCUUUCUCAGAUGGUUGCACUGAUCACGUGUUUAAUCAUUUCAAUAUGUACAAGAUAUUUUCUGGGAGGAUUGUCUGCCACUUUGUUGCUGAUAAUUUUAGUUUUUCUUUUGUCCCAAGAGGCUGCUGUGUCAUCUUUCUUCAGUCUUGACACAUCUUUCAAAACAACUACGUUUUGGUAA